AUGAAAUUUUCUUCCCUCUUACUCACUGCAUUCGUUUCCCUUUCCUCUGCCCAUUACGUUGAUGAGGAACCUGAAAACCGCUUCUAUGAGAAACCUUCUGACAACCAUGUGAGAUCUCACCACACGUCCGAGGAACCUGCUGAAAGCCGUUACAACGAGGGGCCUUCUGAGUACCAGGUGAGAUCAUCUCAUCACAAGUCUGAUGCGCAUGAACGCACCCAUCACGAAGGUAACAACAGCAACAACCUUCGUGGAGGGCCCUCUGCUGGAAAUGGCUAUGCUCAUGGUCGAUCUGGUCACUACCACGGCAACGAUUCCACCGAACCUCGGGCCGGUGAGGGUCGAAGUGUGCAACACGACGUUCUCAUCAUAGGUGCUGGAGCUGCUGGUCUCAGUGCCGCCCACGAGCUCGAAAAACACGGCUGGACUAAUUACAAGAUCCUAGAGGCAUCCGACAAAAUUGGUGGCCGCACCCGUCAUGAAUGGUCUUUUGGUGAGAAUGACGAAGAAUACAACGUUGAUUUGGGUGCUCAGUACAUCCACACAACCAAUGAUAUUGGGAACGGUAAAUAUACUGGUGAAGAUAGAGCCUACAACCUUUUGCAAGAAAUGGUUUCUUAUCCACUAGAGGAGGCCUUCAAGACUACAUAUACGAAGAAAGAAUUUCCAAAUAUUUGCGUUCUUCCAGACGGGGGCUGUAAUGAUGUCUACCAUAAUCCACCAGAGUAUCGCUGGGCAGGAGAGAUGGGUUGGCAUAGCUUCCUCACUGAAUAUGUGGCAUAUGAUGCAGUGAGAAACAAUGUCAUCAACAAUUGUGAAGUCAAGGCAAUCAACACCCAAGGCGAUGAUGUCUCCGUCACGUGCGGGGGCACUACCUACACCGCGUGGUACGUGAUUGUCACGGUGCCAAUGAAGAUGCUCCAGAAGAAUACGAUCACCUUCACUCCUUCUCUACCGAGUUCGUAUACCCAGGCAAUCAAUAGGUUCAUCAUUGGCAAUGGGUUCAAGGUCUGGAUUGAGUACCAAGCCGGUGCAGAGUACAAGGAGUAUUUCACCCACACAACUGAUUUGGCCAUGUACAGAAAGUCGUGGUAUGUGACUUCUCCGGCCAUUGCUGCAGAGGCUGGAUACCGACUGUUUUGGAACGAAGGAUAUCCGUAUGGAGCCAGUACCAAAAUUGUGGGUGGCCUCAUUUAUGGCAAAGCAUACAACGAGUAUGACGGCUUGUCAUCGGAACAGAAGAAGAAGAAGAUUGCGGAACACUUGGAAAAAGACGGCAUGGUGUAUGGAACACCAACCGGCAGAUGGACCGUCAUGGAUUGGAAGGAAGAAGACUACAUUGAGGGUGCCUAUACCAUAUUUGCGAAUGAGGCCGACCAGUCAACCUUGUUAGAGCCCAUUUCAUACAAACUGUACUUUGCUGGAGAAGCCUUAAAUGAAUGGACAUGGGGCACGGUUCAUGGAGCCGCUAAAACCGGAAGGGAUCAAGCCAAGAAAAUUGUGGCUGCUGGACGCCGCCGCGAAUAA